AUGAGAAAUCCACCUCCUGAGGUCAUCAAGACAUGGCCGAAGCCCAACUACGUCAACCCAGAGUACGCUGGGCCGGAGCUGGCCAUUAUAGGGGUGACCUUCACGACACUAUCAAUUAUCGUCAUGUCACUGCGGAUGUAUGUUCGCCUUCAUUUGCGAAAAGCUGCAUCAUGGGAUGAUUGGCUUAUGGUGGCCGCUAUUCCGUUUUUGAUGGGCAUCUCAGCAUCAGCAAUUGUCAGCACCAGAUAUGGAUGGGGCUUUCACAUCUGGGACUUCAAGUUCAGCCAGUUCAGAGAAUCAAGAAUAACGAGUUACAUAUGCCAACUCUUGUUCAUUCCGCUCAUGACCCUCGUGAAGCUAUCUAUUUUGGCCUCCUACCUUCGUUUCUUCACUGAAAAGAUAUACAUCCGGCUAGCAUGGAUACAGGUCGGCCUGGUUCUUGCCUGGUUUGUGGCUUUCAUGGUUCUCAUGCUUAUUGCCUGCAUCCCACUCUCAAACUACUGGAACUCCUUCUUGCAAAAAGGUUGCAUGGAAGAAGAAUUUAGAUUGCUUCCAGGUAUUUACUCCAACGCUGUGAUGGACGUUAUGAUACUUGUCACUCCUUGUCCUGCGCUUUGGAAGCUACAUCUACCAGUUCGGGACAGAAUUGUCCUCAUCGUGAUGAUGUGCUUGGGAUUCAUUUCUUGUGUAGCAGGGUGCGUCAAGUCGUGGUAUAUGUACCGGACUCUAGUGGGAACAUAUGAUGUUACCUGGGAAGGAUACAAUGUUUGGGUAUGGACCGACCUCGAAAUCAAUCUUGCUGUGAUCUGCACAUCUAUACCCGUUCUUCGGCCGUUUGCACAAAAAUAUUUCCCCAACCUGGGCUUCAAGAGCAAUAGCUCGGGGUCACGAUACGGCAGCCGAUGGGGCAGUAGCAACCCUUCCAACGGACUGGGCUCUGGGGGAAUCUACAAGCAGCAGACCAUCCACCAGUUCGUCAGGUCUCGACAGACCGAGGACGAAGACGACGGAGGCUCGACCAUUGCACUGAGCCCAGCGGAGUUCCCUUCAACAAAGACAUAUCCAACCUCGCCUCGGUCCUACGACAGCAGAGGCAACGACGUGCGCAACCCAUCCCGGAGUGGCUUCCGCAACGAACCCGCUUAUAACGACUAUCAAAAGGAUCGAUAUAACAACUACGUUUGA